AUGGCCGACGUGGAGGACGGAGACGAGGCGGGCGUCUCCGCGCCUCACGCCGGCUCCUCCGGCUCCAAGGCGGGCGGCGCCGACAAGAUGUUCUCGCUGAAGAAGUGGAACGCCGUGGCCAUGUGGAGCUGGGACGUCGAGUGCGACACCUGCGCCAUCUGCCGGGUGCAGGUCAUGGAUGCCUGUCUUAGAUGUCAAGCUGAAAACAAACAAGAGGAUUGUGUUGUGGUCUGGGGAGAGUGUAAUCAUUCCUUCCACAAUUGCUGCAUGUCACUGUGGGUGAAACAGAACAAUCGUUGCCCACUGUGCCAACAGGACUGGGUAGUUCAAAGGAUAGGCAAAUAAGAGCACUGACAAUUCUUCUGCUGAAUUUAUUUAGAACAUUAAACAACUGAUGCCAUAUUCACCCAUGAAAAAGGACUACUCAAUAUGUGGCAGAAUUUAUUUUUAUUUAUUUAAGUCUACAGAGUUUUAUGAUCUUGGUUCAAAAAUUUUGUGUUGCUUUCCUGAUCUAUUGGAUCCUCCUUCAGGAUUGUUCUAGCAAGAACACAGGUGCACAAUAUUGAAGAAUGUUAUCUACAUGUUUGCUGUGUACGCUGUAAAAUUGCUUAGAAAAGUGUUAGGGCUGUUGAAAUCC